ACUAUGCAAACAAUUUGGAAUUUCCAACAAAUGAAUGUUUCUUACGAAAACAAGACGUCUUUCCUCAACUCUUAGCCAGGAGAGAUUGGAAUGCAUAGUAUUAAUAUUACCCCUCUUGAGUACAAUGAAGAGCAAGACAUGCCGCUCUGUUCUGGGCCAGCUGCAGCUUAACUUGGUCUUUCUUAUUAAUGUAUUACAUAUACCUUUGAUUCUUAAGUAAUAUAACUUACAAACUUAGUACAGAAUCCAUAUAUCAUAACCCAAACAAUGUAUAGUUUCAAAAUACACAUAAGCUGUUGGUCCUUCAGUUGAGAACAGCAGAACAUUUCUCAAGCCCAUCCCUCAAGUUCAGCUGUUUAGUUGAAAAAUGAAUUGUGGCUAUUGUUCUGUAAUGUAACUGGGUUCACCACAAAACAAAGUGUACAUGAAAUGCAAUACCCAUGUCUUUUCAGUGUAUUUAUAACCUAUUGUUCAGGUUGUGCCCAAGAACAUCCCUUAGCCGUGUGUAUUUAUGAUAAUCCAUGGGUUCUCAUGCCUUAUUGCUUAAUUCAUACUUCAUUAUGUUAUUAAUCCUAUUUUCAUUUUGUUUUCAAAUGAUCUAUAUGCACAGCUAGUCUUUAGAACAAUACGGUCGUGAAACAGAGCAGGCUUGAUCAGUUGGCACAAUCGUGGGCUUUGUGCAUUGGCUCUCUGCAUGUUAUUUUUAAACAAUUUGCUAGCCCUCCUAUCAGCUUGCAUCUCAGACUUGACUCCAGUGUCUGCUCUCAAUAGCCUUCUGUAUAAAGACAGAAAAAAGCCCUUCCCCUGUCCCUCUACCCCCUCACUCUCUCUCUCCCUCUCUCUUUCUCUAUGUGCCUCUCUCUUUCACACAGUGUCAAGUCCCCUGACAGGGAGCCUGAUCACUUUGAGAGUUGAAAGUGGAGGAGGAGGGUGCCAGAGACAUCAGGUUUGCAUAAUAUACAGAGAGAGAGAGCACCUGCCAGGUGAAUGGGCUUCGGAGCGUUGGGCUGUCAUAUGUAAGGAAAGUACUGGACCAUGUGGUGGGGUUGUGACAUCAUGUGCGAUCCAACGGGAGCAGGAAAAAGGCACCAGUGGACCGGACAGCUCUACUUAUACUCACUGCUAUACACUCUGAGGAGAAACAACCGUCCUAGGUUUCAACUUCAGUGGCAUUUUUAAUCUAACUGCAGUUGCUGGAUUUAUGCACAAAAGGAUAGCCCUCAAUUUGGGACCAUGGUUGUCAAACAGGGGAGGCAAUGGAGGUCGAUGUGCAAAGGCCUUGUCCUGGGUACCCUACUUACCAGCUGUAUGAUCCUGCUCUACUGCCUUUCUGCUCCACAGGUCCACUUCAACCUGCCCGAGGUGCCAGUGCCUUACUCCUGCGCUCAUCGGCCGGCUCAAGCCCACGCCUCACCACUCAGAAAUGGCUCCCAGUAUGCCACGGGACAGACGGGCCUCUGCACUCCCAAAGUGGAUGUCAUGUUCAUGAAGACCCACAAGACGGCCAGCAGCACGCUCCUCAACAUCCUCUUCCGCUUCGGAGAAAAGCACAGGCUCAAGUUUGCCUUUCCAAACAGCCGUAAUGACUUCUUCUACCCAUCCUCAUUCCAACGCUCCCAGGUCAAGGACUACAGGCCUGGCAUGUGCUUCAAUAUCAUAUGCAACCACAUGCGCUUCAAUGCACCGGAGGUGGCCAAGGUGCUCCCCACAGACACCUCCUACAUCACCGUCCUCAGAGACCCGGCUGAGCUCUUUGAAUCCUCCUUCCAUUACUUUGGCCGCCUGGUGCCCAUGACCUGGAAAAUACCAGGCAAGGACAAGGUGGGGGAGUUCCUGCGUGACCCCCGCCACUACUUUGACCCUGAUGGCUUCAACUCCUUCUACCUCAAGAAUCUUCUGUUCUUCGACUUCGGGCAGGACAACACUCUGGAGCUGGGCGACCCGAGGGUGGAGGAAGGCAUCCGGGCCAUCGCAGGCUGCUUCCAGCUGGUCAUGCUGGUGGAGCACUUUGAGGAGUCCCUCAUCCUGCUCAUGGACGCCCUCUGUUGGGAGAUGGACGACCUGCUCUUCUUCAAGCUCAACGCCCGGAAGGGCUCCACCGUGUCCAAACUGACCCCAGAGUUGAGGGCCAAGGCCCUGGAGUGGAACGCCGUGGACUGGAGGCUUUACCAACACUUCAAUGCCACCUUUUGGAGGAAGGUGGAGGCAUACGGGCACCAGCGGAUGGCUGACGACGUGGCGGAGCUCCGGAGAAGGAAUGCAGAGAUGGCGGCCGUCUGUAUUGAGGGAGGGCAUGCUGUGGAUGCAGAUAACAUCCAGGAGACAGUCAUGCAGCCCUGGCAGCCCAUCGGGGAGAAGUCCAUCAUGGGCUACAACCUGAAAAAGAACGUGGACAAGGCCCACCUCAAGCUGUGCCGUAAGAUGCUCACACCCGAGCUGCAAUACCUGACAGAGCUGGGGGUCAACCUGUGGAUCACUAAGCUGUGGGGACAUGUGAGAGACAUGAUCAACUGGUGACUGGUUGACUUGUUUGCCUAAAUGGAAAACUCCACCCCAAAACUAUCUUUUGGUAUUUGUUUCAUUAGUCCAAUGUUGAUAUUGUCCCAAAACGUUUUGCAUGUAUGCAGUCAAGUUUUCAGAAUUACAGCUAGUAUGAUGCAUUUUGAAUCAUAUGAUGCUGUGUUUUGCAGAAUAUGAUGCAAAAUGCAUCCUACCAGCUGUAUUUCUGUAUUUUGAAAGUUAUAUUUCUUGAAAACUUGAUCGCUGACAAGCAAAACAUUUUGGGACUAUAUCAACAAUGCAGUGCUUAAUUUGUAAAUUGGUAGGUGCCAGAACAGUGUGCCAGAGAGGGGGGGUGACUUGCGGGGCUCUGGUGUACCAGAAUACAUGCAGCAUUAUCAUAGCUUUUGCUACUGGCAUAGAGCGGUAGAGAAGAAGCGCUUGCAUAAAUUCUACAUAUGGGGGAGGGGGAGGGGGGCUUAGUGUCCGUGAAAAAUGUGGCCUUUUAUUAAAACAAUGAAUUAAAUUAAUUCUACAUCAUAUUAGAUUAAAAGCAUACUAUUUUUAAUACCUCACGAGUGAUCGAAAUGACAGGCUACUUUGACACGGACAAACUGAGAAUCUGAGAUCACUAGAAAUUAGUUUGUCUUGAAUUCAUCAAUAGCCUAGGCCUGUGUGUGCGGGGAGACACAUAGUAUACAAUAUGAGGAGGAAAUUAUAGUCCUAAAAAAGCUUUGCAAUUUCACUGACUCUCCCAAUGGUGCGCUGCUCACUCCCCGGUGAUGGCGGAUGCGCUCGUGCCAAAAAGCGUAUCGCUCUCUUGCUUUACUUUGUAAAACAAUGCUGUUGUCUCAAUAGGCCUAUUUGGAAGUUGAUAACAGGUUAGCCUUCUUUUCAGCAGGAUCCAUUUUCUUUCCAACCUGUGUUUUCCCGCGAUUGUAUUUGAAAUAUUGCGAAAUGUCUGUUUUGGCUGCAUGCUGUUUGUUCACUGAAAGAUUUUCCGCGCGUUCCGGACUGUAGGCAUGCCUUGCGGUUCGGCUACACACAAUCCACACCUAGCCAGUAUUUUUUUUAUAAUCUAUUGAUCCUCUGUGGGUGAAUUAUAGUUUUACUCCUGAUGUAGUAUACAGAAUUGUUUCAUUUCUUCCUGAACAGACAGCAGUAAUUAUUCAGCGUUGGCAAAUGUAGGCUAUUUCAAUCUAUCAGUGUUGCUGCGGCACCUCCAGCAACCUUCCUGUGGCUAUGAUUAUAUAAGGAAAUAAAUUAUGAAGUGCAAAGCUGGAGAGAAGAGAGUUGAAGGUUCAUGUCUAUCAGAGUAGAAAGAGGGAGAUAGAGAGAUCAUAGAAAGUGAAUAUCAUUUUAGUUAUGUAAAGGAUACAGUCGUGCUUCCUUCUCUCACCACAGCAAUGGUCACGCGUUGGUAUAGGGCACAAUGUUGGGCAAACCAUAAACCCGGGCCAGUCCAACAUGGACACAUUCUUAGAAUAUCAGGCACGUUUUCUCAUUACGUUUUUUACGGGGCAGGAGAAUUACAGAGGAGUCGAAGUUGAAUGAACUCAGAUUGCUUUUAUUAUAUUUUUUACAUUGUAAACAGUGAAAAUAAUUGUUCAUGCCACAAGAUGUACUGGAUCCUGCCAAAUGGGUUCUGGAACGAAAAUGUCAAAAACGGAGAAGUGCCAAACCUGUUCCAACAGGACCCGGCUCAAAUUAAGCACUGCAGCAAUUGACCAAUGAAACAAAUACCUACAUUUAUUUUCCCAUAAAUAAAGUGCAUGUUUAUGUUUGCAAAAUGUAAUGUACCCGGUAGGUGCUUGAGAACGGCAACGUUUUCAGUUACAAUCUGAAGAUAUGCAUACCAUUGUAAAAAACGUCACUCUCCCGCUUUAAAAUGUGUUUUUUGUUUAUAGGGGGCAAAUGGUCCCUUUUAUUUCCCCUCUAUUUAUUUAUGGUGAAAUUGAAUACUAUUGAAAACUGACCCGAACCAUUUCCCCAUUUGUCUAUUUGGUUGGUUUCAAUGACAACAAGUUCAGAUUCCCCUUCAUGAAAGACACAUAUUCAAGAACAUAUUGAGGGCAAAUUUAGGACAAUAAAAUGAGAAUACUGAAACGUCGGAUCUAACCCAUCAGCCCUGCCAAUUUUAGAAAGUGAUACUCUUGUAUUUUCGAAAUAAAGACCAAAU